AUCAUAGCCUAAGAUAUCACGUUUUAUAUCUGGCAACACACGCCAGUCCAUCAAUCAAAUCACGCAAAAAAAGACCUCAAAAUUAAAAAGAGCGAUUUUAAUACUCCUGUGUAUUAAGGAAAAUAAUGUACUCCGUUUACGCCUAACCUAAGGUCACCUUACGUAAGAUUGGUUCAACUUACUUUUAAAAAAUGGGCAGUCAAGUAUCUGCUGAUGCCGGUGUCAACCUAAAGGCUCCAGUAAAUAACUCUAAUCCGCCACCAGAAUGUCCUAUGCACAAAAAAGAAGAAAGCGCGCCCAAGGUUUCCGAAUGUCCAGUGCAGCAAGGGAAUGCAACCAAUGACAUAAACCCGUAUAACAUGAUGCCACCAGCAAAUCAGCAGCCAGCUCCUGACCAGCCUUUCCCCUUGCCUGUUCAACGCCAAGUGUCUUCUAUUCCCCGAGCCAUGCCAGACGGUUCCACAGAGUUCUGGGUGUACCCUAGCCAGCAGAUGUUCUGGAAUGCUAUGUUACGUAAGGGAUGGCGUUGGAAGGAUGAAGACAUAAAGCCAAAGGACAUGGAGGAUAUUAUUAAAAUUCAUAAUGCUAAUAAUGAACAGGCGUGGCUAGAAGUGCUGAAAUGGGAAGCACUCCACGCUAAAGAGUGUGGUCAUCCAAGGCUAAAGAGUUUUGGAGGAAAGGCCACUCAGUACAGUCCUAGGGCUAAAUUUCGCUCAUGGCUUGGGUACGAACUGCCAUUUGACCGUCACGACUGGAUUGUAGAUCGGUGCGGCAAGGAAGUCCGCUACGUCAUCGACUAUUACGACGGAGGAGAACUUGACAACAAAUACCAGUUCGCCCUCCUUGAUGUCAGGCCCGCCUUAGACUCCUUUGAAAAUGCUUGGGACAGAAUGAAAGUUAUGUACAUGAGAUAUCGUUAUGAACUCAUUGGUGACAAAGACUCUUCAACAAAACUAACAAAUUAGAAAUAGCAAAAAUUUAAAGAGUUUACUAGUCUAAUGAGACAACUAACUUUAAAAUUUGUUAUAAGGUCCUUAAUUUUCAUCAACUAAAUUAAAUUAUAACAAUGCUUAGGUAAAGUACUGAAUAACUGUUCAAUUUACAAUGUCAAGAAUAGAAUAAGUAAAUUUAUUCAAAAAUAAUCUAUUGUGAGAAAUAAUAGUGCUUGCCUUUGUGACGGACAUGAGUUCUAUCAUGUCAAUUAUGGUUUGUCAUUUUAAUCAAGAUUGCAAAAAUAAUUAGAGUAAAAUUAGAGUUGAUUAAAGUUGUGGAGUCUUUCUGUCGGCAAGUGUUGUCACUGCUAAAGCUCUUUGUGAUUUAUUGUUUUCUUUAUUUAUUUUAUUGUAAAUUGUGGUUCUGUACUAUUAUAUAUUUUUAAACCCCCAUGGAAUAGAAUGAAAGUUCCAAUACAAACUACAAAUUUGCUGUACGCCUUAAAUACCCCUUGCGGAAAAUAGGCCCCAGUCGUAGAGUUGCGGAAAGUUAAUUCUAAAAUAAUUCUAAUUGAGAACAAAAGGUAAAUUCAAUUAUCUUAAAAUUAAACAUAGUUAAACUUAUAUGAACAUGGUUUAACUUGUGAAAUUGAACAUUGAACUUAUAUAUCUGAUAAGACUAGUUCUGGUCACUUAUAUUGAAAUUUGAAGGAUAUUUCAAUUAGGACAUGAUAUCAGAUUUCUUUCAGCAACAAAUAAUUGGGAAUUUACAGAAAAAGUAUGAAUUUUCCCACCAACAAACUAAAAAUUACUUUAUAAAUUAACUGAUAAAUUGAGACAAGUCAUAGGUAAGUACUUAAGAUUCAAAGCUGCUUUAGCUGAUAGCAGUAGAAAUAUCCUUUAUUUAUUAGUUAUUUACUUAUAACACUUAAAAUUUUAGUGCUAAGUUGUUAAACUUGUGAAAUAAAAUUCUGAAACACCUUCA